ACAUAUGUGUUUGUGUGUGUAGAUGAUACACACAAUCUGUCUUUCUGUGUGUGUGCCACUGCUCAUGCAUACACAAAGGUGUAUUCGUCUGUGUGGUAUUCUUGUGCUUCAAAAGUAUGCCUCUGCUUUUUUUCUUUGACUUUUGUUCACUAAUAUACUCUUUUGGCGUAUUGUAUGUGGAUGAUUUUACAGUUAUUUUAUCCCUUUAACUAUGUUUGUGUGUACUUGCAUGCAUGUGUGUGUGUGUGUGUGUGUGUGUGCAUGUGUGUGUGAGAGUAUGUUGAAGCAAAACGCAUAAUGUGCUUCUCUCUUUCCCUGUGUGUGUGGUACGGCACGGUUGGCGUUGGUGGCGUUCUAAUCAGCAGAACCAAGCGGCCUGUUCCCCGUGCUCCGUCAGCAGGCUCUACGCAGGUAGACAGCUCCCUCCUCCCCCGGGCGCCACCAGCGAACACGAACACCCUCCCCCGGGAAUAAGAUCCCACCUGCAGGGACCGCCAGUGAGACGAGCAGGGGUUGGGGUUGGAGAAGAGAGAGGAGGAGAGGAGGAGUGGAGAGAGGGAAGAAGGGAGAAAAGCAUAGAGGAGGAGGAAGAGGAGGAAGAACUGGGGGGCCUGCAGAGAGGAGAGAGAGAAAAUCGAAGGAACACAUGCGAGCGAGCAGGCGAAGAAGCAGAUAAGGGGGCACCAUGAAGAAGAUCUACAUCGGGAAAACCGCGCUCAAAACCUCCCGCAAUGGAUGGAAGCAUCAGAAGAAAAGCUCGCUGCAGGAGCAGAAGGAGGACCUGCGGAAGCGUCUGGCCUACACCACCCACAAGCUGGAGCUGCUGCAGAGCGAGUUCGACUCCACCCGCCAGUACCUGGAGACGGAGCUGCGCCGCGCCCAGGAGGAGCUGGACAAGUUUACCGAGAAACUGCGCCGAAUACAGAGUAGCUACUCGGCUCUCCAGAGGAUCAACCAGGACCUGGAGGACAAGAUCCACAGGACGUCUCAGCACCAUGACGACGAGAAGCGAGCGCUGAGCCGAGAGAUCAUCGUCCUUAAUAACCACCUCAUGGAGGCAAAGAUGACCAUCGAGAAACUACGAGAGGACAAUGACCUCUACCGAAAGGACUGCAACCUGGCUGCUCAGCUCCUGCAGUGCAGCAAGUCCCACUACAGGACCCAGCUCUCUGAGCUGCCUGCUGAUUUCCAGGAGCGCGUGAGCGUGCACAUGGAGACCGCCCCGCUGUGCCACUCGCCGUACUCGGACUCGGUGCCCACCUCGGUCAUCGCCAAGGUGCUGGAGAAGCCGGACGAGGCCUGCAGCAGCAGCCAGGCGUCCCGCUCGCCCAGCCCGCAGCCCCAGGAGCAGGCCUUCCUGCUGGGCAGCAGCAUGGGCAGCGUGGGCGAGCGCCUGGGCGUGGGGCUGGGGCUACGCGGGGGCACCUACAAGUCUGACCUGUACAGCAGCGACACGGCGCUCUACUGCCCGGACGAGCGGCGGCGCGAGCGCCGGCCCAGCAUGGACGUCCACGGCAGCGUUGUCAUCGGCGGCGGUGGCGGCGUUGGCGGCGCCGUAUCGCAGCAGCAGCUGCAGCUGCAGAGGCAGCACGUCGCGCAGCUCUACGGGCCGCAGAACUCCACCGACAGCAACCCGGACGAGGGCGACCUCCGCGGAAUGUCGCCAGGGCCCUUCGGCCAGCAGGAGCACUUCGGCGGCAAGUUCGGCGUGCCGUCGCUCGGCGGCGGCUCCAGCUCGUACUCGAGCUUCAGCGGCGGCGGGGGUUCGGACGGCGGCGGCAUCGGCGGCAAGGGCCAGGGUCCGCUGAGCAGCGGCGCGUCGUCGCCGUCCUCACGCCACCACCACGCCACCCUCUAUAUGGACUGGCGCGAUGCCGGCGCCGACUACGAGCACAAGAGCGACUCGUCGUGGGAGCGCGACAGCCCCGGCGCCUUCUCCGCGGCGCCGCACGGCUUCCAGCAGGAGCUCAGCCUCCACAGCCAAAACGGUGGCGGAGGAGGAGGUGGCGGAGGAAGCGGCGGCUCGCCCGUCUAUAGCCGGACGAUGUCGUCGUGCUACAGCGAGCCGUACGAGCCGCUGCCGCCGUCGUCCUCGCCGAGCGUGGCCGCGUACGGCGACAGCCGGCGCAGCAGCGCGUUGCCACCCGACGAGGACGAGGAGGAGGAGGACGCGGAGGAGGACGAGGAGCUGAUGAUCGGCCGCUGGCGGCAGCUGAGCGUGGACGACCUGAACACGGCGGCGGCGCACGCCUACCGCAGCAGCCCCGGCCGCGCCUCGCCCUACAGCUUCUCCGAGCAGCACUUCUCCGUGCGGCCGGCCAAGAUCCGCCUGGGCCCGCUCUACAGCAGCUUCCAGGAGGGCACCACAGACCUCUACCACCACCACCACCAACAGCAACAGCAACAACAACAACAACAACAACUACAACAACAACAGCACCACCGCCACCUGAUCGGCACCGCCAGCGUCGACCCCAUCUGCUUCUCCUCGCCCAGCCCCGAGUGCAGCCCUGGCGGUGGGGGUGGGGGUGGGGGUGGAGGUGGUGGUGCUGGCAUGCGGCAGGCGCACAGUCAGGCGCAGCUCUACCGCGCCGCCAAGGACGACAGCCAGGAGGAGUCCGAGCACAGCCUCUACCACUCGGGCGGCAGCUCCAAGGACAUGGAAGGCGGCCUCGGGGGGCCAGCGUCUGUGGCCGGGAGUGGUGGUGGCGGUGGCGGCGUUCCUGAGGCGGCCGAGUACGUGGACGUGAGCCCCAACAGCUCCACCGAGUCGCUGCACAUGCAGGGCGCGCUGGAGAUGGCCGGCGAGCACGAGCUGCAGAUGUAUCAGGCCGAGAUGCACGGACACGCCGUGCACGCUGGACACGCCGGACACCCCGCCGCCGUCGGCCACGGCAGCUCGCCGCAGAGGGUCACCCCGCGGCCCUCGUCCGCCCAGCCGCAUCAACAGUACCAAAAAUUUGGGACCCUGGGGCUCACCCGCAAGGACAGCCUGACCAAGGCCCAGCUGUACGGGACGCUGCUCAACUGAGGUGGACGGCCCGGAGCGGAGCGCUCCCUCCUCCUCCCACUGGGUUUUUAGUGGAGAGUGAGUGAGUGUGGAGCUCAGAGCGGGUUAGACGCCAAGGGGGCCGACAGUGAUAAGAUGGAGGGGAAUGCUCUGCUGCUGAGUCAGGAAAGUCUAAUGGCAGACUGUGGCACAAAAGGUUCUCACUCUCUCUCUUUCUCUCUUUUCAUGCUAUCUUUUCCUCUCUCUCUUCCUCAGUCUCCCUCUCUCUGUAUCUCUCGCUCUGCGUCUCUGUUUCUCUCUCCUAAUAUCCCUC